UUUUAAAAGCGGCCUCUCAACUAGCCCUUGUAGUCGAUUUUUUUUUCUCUUGGACAAAAGUUAGUUAGUAAAAAAGUUAAAACAAACUCAGGGGCAGUUUUUUCUGGUGUUUGGUGCAGUAGCAACAAAUAUGCUACGCUAACGAUCGUAAAAUGCAAAGUUUGCUCCGCCCAGGAGGUCAGAGUUCAGCUCGUCUGUUUUUGGAAUGUGGGAGGAAACCCGAGUACCUGGAGAACUUCCACACAGCAGGGCCGGAGGCCAGACUUGAACCCAUGAACUCUGCACUGUGAGAUCCACCCACCUAUGACGCCGAGAUAUCAGACAUCAUGCUUGCAGACAAUUUGAGAAAGACAACACAGUGGCAUGUCGUGUACUGAGCGAACUUCCUGAACACUGAAUGAUUCUUAUGCCGGAUCCAUACUGAAAGAUACAAUGAAGUCACCAUCGUGGACACAAAAGUGACGCCUACGAUAGAGACUGCACGCCGUAAGACCUGCGCCGUCCAACCAGCAGUCAUGAAGUCCUCCAUCAUACCACAAGCCGUCGGCCUGGAUGUACCACGGGAUGUCUUGUCAGAAGUGAAAGUUAGGCCUGUGCCUUCUCCAAGGUUAAAAAGAAACACCAAUAAAUGUGAAUCCAGGGAUAUUCUGAAUCCCCCCCCAAAUAACUACCCCGCUGACUACAAGAGGCUGUCUCCUGUUCGUCCCCUUCCUGAGCCCCCAACGGGUAUUUAUGUGGAUGACAUUCAUCCAAAAGCAGCAGCAAACGAAACCAACCCAACUUCAACUACAGAGCCUCCAUCUGUCUAUCACAGAACACUUUUGGCUCCUCCUCUUCCUCCACCUCGACCCCCUCUGGCCAACAUCAGCAUCAGACCAACUGCAGCUCAGCGGAAAUCUGAGGACAUAUAUUCUGAUCCACCUUUGGCUCCUCAAUCCUCCCAACCUAAGACUGAUAACAUUGGACCACAGAUUGCAACCAUUUCUGGUCUGCACUCUUCAAUAAUAUCAUCAAAGGAGCCUGUGUACAUUGAGCCAGACGACGCUCUCUACCUAGAAAUUCUACCACCAGAAAAUAAUACCAUGGAUACCCUGGACCUAAUUAAAUGGAUGCGAAAAGUUUCAAGGAUGGAUCACAUGGCUCCGUCUUUGUAUGGACUCACUAUGGAGGAAGAAUUAAGAUCAUUUAACCAGAGAGCCACAAAUACAAAGCAGGCGAUUUAUCUCUUCAACGUUCUCAUGACGAGACGCAGUCGACGUCUCCAGGACUACAUAUUUGAAUUCUUUUCCAUCUCGGAGCUUCUGGAAAGAGAUGACAAGAAGGUCAAAAGUAUGGGUAUUGCCGGAGGCACCACAGGAGCAGUGGGGGGAGUGGCCGCGGUGGUCGGGAUAGCCUUGGCACCCGUGACCAUGGGGGCCUCGCUGGUCGCUACAGCUGUGGGCGUCGGGAUGGUGGGGGCGGCGGGAGGGAUGGGUGUCCACGCUUCCAGACCCAACAAGAAGAUUGGGGACAGAAAAAUAAUUGAGAAAGUUAUUUGUAAUUACAUGUUGGAUGUUGUUGACAUAGAACGCUGUGUGAAUUUUAUCCUCUCUGAGAUAACAGAGUUGCAAAGGCAUGAUCUUGUGAGAUUACGUUUGGCUGGAGCUCAGCAUGAUGCAUUGACGUUGGCGUAUAAGUCAAGGUCUAUGAUCAAUGACUUCAGAAAUUGUACAAAUGCUUUGUACACGAGCGGCAUGUCGUCCGAGAGGCUGCUACACACCUUUGCCGCGGAAAUGGAUCAGUAUUUUAAGGAAAAGGGGGGACAGAAAAAGCUAAGAAAGUCCAUUAAGAGCAGACUCUCGGGAAGAGUUCAACUGCUGGCUCGAAAUCUUCAGGAUGAGCUUGACCAUUUGGUUUUUGUGUGGAAACGUGUUGUAAACUAACAAACUACAAUUCAUUUAGAAUAUUGUCAUUCGUAAUUUUUUCCCCUGAUUGUUUGUUUUUUAUUAAACUGUGUAAGCUGUAGAGCUUUAUUACUGGA